AUGGCCGACCUUCCCUCCCUCCUCCUCGCCUCUCUCAACCCCAGCACCAGGAAGCAGGCGGAGCAAAAUCUCCAGGCGCUCUCCCUCCAGCCCGCCUUCCUCGCCCAACUCCUCUCCCUCGUCCUUCAACCUUCUGCAGAUCGCUCCGUCCGUCUUGCGGCUAGCGUCUACCUCAAGAACCUCGUCAAAUCCCGAUGGGAGGACGAUGAGCCACCCAUUUCCGACCCCGACCGCGCCGCCUUGCGCGACGCCCUCGUACCCGCCAUGAUCGCCCUCUCCAGCCCCACCGACAAGGCCGUUCGCGCUCAGAUCGCCGAGUCAAUAGCUCUCGUCGCAAAAAGCGACUUCCCAGAGCACUGGCCGGACCUCGUCGACAGACUCGUCUCAUCCCUAUCCGAGUCCAACUUCGAGGUCAACAUCAGUAUCCUCGAGACCGCCCACUCUAUCUUCCGUCCUUGGCGCGCGGCGUCCAGGUCGGAUUCCCUCUUCAGCGUGAUCAACUACGUCCUCUCCCGUUUCAGCCGCCCCUUUCUCCAGCUCUUCUUCCACACCGCCUCCCUCAUUCUCUCCGACUCCAAGCCGCCAAACUUCGUUCAAGCGUCCCAGGCGAUGGUCCUCCUCGUCGAUAUCUACUAUGACCUCGUGUGCCAGGACCUCCCUCCGGAUUUUGAGGACUCGCAUGCGCAGUUCUUCGCGGCAGAAAAUGGGCUUUUCAUCAAGCUGCUCGUAUGGGAUCCUCCACAAUUCCACACAGACCCCGACGAUACCAACCCGUCCGUAUCCUCCCAAAUAAAGACCGGCAUCUUAGAGAUCGUCGAGCUUUACAUCAAAAUCUUCUCAGACGUCAUGCAGUCGUCCAAUUGCGUACCUGCCUUUGUGCGCACCAUCUGGGAUCUUGUCGGUGGAGGUAAACGGCCGGGUGUUGCAGACGAUGGGCUCGUUUCUCAGUCUUUGCGCUUCGUCGCUUCGGCCAUCCGGUCACAACACUACAAGGAACUAUUCGGCUCGAAGGAGACCAUCUCGGGUCUCGUCCAGGGCGUCGUCGUCCCCAACGUCUCACUACGAGAGCACGAGCUGGAGCAGUUUGAAGAUGACCCGCUUGAAUACAUCCGCCUGGACCUCGCGCUGCCUUCCAUGGGUGCCGCCGGCGUGUCUGGCGACGCGGUAACGCGUCGUCAGGCCGCUGCCGAUGUGCUUCGUGCACUCGUUUCUUCCGGCUACGAGGCGGAGGCCACCGAGGUCACGGGCGCGUGGGUCACCCAGGGCCUAAGCGAGUACAACGCGAAUAAGGCCGAGAACUGGCGCGCAAAGGACACGGCGAUCUACCUACUCACGGCCGUCGCGACGCGCGGAGGCACGUCGCAGCACGGUGUGACUUCGACCAACGCGCUCAUCGACGUCGUGCAAUUCUUUUCGGAGCACGUGUUCCAGGACUUGGAGGCGGACGCAGGAAGCAUCCACCCGGUCCUGCAGGUCGACGCGAUCCGGUUCUUGUACACGUUCCGUAACCAGUUGGUGAAGCCGCAGCUUCUUUCAGUGCUCCCGUCGCUCGCACGUCAUCUGCUGUCGGACAACUACGUGUGCUGCACUUACGCUGCCAUCAGCAUUGAGCGGAUCCUGUUCAUCAGACAAGGGCCCCAGCUCAUGUUUACAUCUGCCGACAUCCAGGACAUCGCACCGCAGCUGCUUGACGCCCUACUGUCAAAGAUCGAGACGGCACCAACACCCGAGAAGAUGGCGGAAAACGAUUACCUCAUGAAGUGCGCUAUGCGUGUGAUCCUUGUCGCACGGACAUCGCUUGUGGCCGGGUUCGAAAGGAUCCUGUCGCGCCUUGUCGCGAUCCUUGGUGUCAUCUCGAAGAACCCGAGCAACCCCAAGUUCGACCAGUACAUCUUUGAAAGCAUUUCUGCCUUGAUGAGAUUCGUCGUCCAGGCCAACCCCGCCGCGCUUCCGACCUUCGAGCAAGCGCUGCUCCCGCCGUUCGAGAUCAUCAUCUCCCAGGACAUCGACCAGUACAUUCCCUACGCCUUCCAGGUCCUCGCGCAGAUGCUCGAGUUCCAUUCUGGAAGCGUCCCGUCGACGUAUGGCGCGCUUCUCCCGAUGCUCCUCAACCCGACGUCGUGGCAGCAGAAGGGCAGCAUCCCGGGUCUCGUGAAGCUCCUCAAGGCGUUCCUGAAGCGCGACGCGAAGGCGAUGUGCGACGCUGGGCAGCUCACACAGGUCCUCGGCGUCGUUCAGUCGCGGUUGAUCCCGUCGAAGACGAACGACGCGUGGGGCUUCGAGCUGCUGCAGGCCGUGGUCAUGUAUGCGCCAGAGGCGGAGCUCAAGCAGAAUUUGCGCGGCAUCUUCCUGAUGAUGCUGCAGCGGAUGCAGACAAGCAAGACCGACUCGUUCGUUUACUACUUCGUCUACUUCCUGUCGUUCUGCCUCGCCGUCGAGGUGAACGGCAUGACGCCCGACUACGUCGUCAGCCAAGUGGAGGCCAUCCAGGCUCAGCUCUGGACGAACCUGCUCACGACGUUCGUGAUCCCGCAAGCACCAAAAUCGCCGCCGAAGGAGCGCAAGGUCGUCAUCGUCGGCCUCACGCGCCUCCUCACCCAGAGCACGUCGAUGGUCCAGGAGCCGCUCGUCCGGACAUGGCCGCAGACGUUCCAGGCGCUCGCGAAGCUCUUCCAGACCGAGCAGCAGCUGUCGAAGAAGGACGAGACGGACCCGGACGCGGGCCUCACCCAGGUCGACUUCGAGGAGCAGAGCGCGGGCUACCAGGCCGCGUACUCGCGCCUCGCGGCGGCGGAGGCGGCGCCGCUCGACCCGGUCGCGCACGUCGAGAGCCUGCCGGCGUUCGUGGGGCAGGCGCUCGCGGGGCUCGCGCGCGGGGAGCCGCGCGUGCGGGCGUGGGCGGGCGCGACGGACGCGGGCGUGACGGGGCCGUUCGUAAGGGCGUUGGGGCAGUUUGGGUUCGCGCUGUAG